CAACAUCCAGCACAUUCCAGCCUUGCAAACUGAAAAAGUUCAAACAGCAUCGCCCAUUCUUCAAGCCUAACCGUCAACAUGCGUUCGUACAUCUACAUCAUUGCUGCCCUCGUCUCUGUCGCCGCAGCGGCAGCAGUCGAUGCUAGUGCCGCCGCUGAUGCCGCCGCUCUGGCCGAGCACAACCAUCAAGUCGAGGCCGAGCAGGUAGCUGCUGCCAGAGUCUUCUUUGAAGCUUUGAGGCCCUCGCCAGACCCAGCCCUGUCGCUCUUGGCCAGGCAGACCUGGUCCACGUGCUUCUGGAGCGGAACAUCUCCUUUCUGCGCGGGAAGCUGCCCGGAGGGCUAUCACCAGGUCCAGGUCGAUGGAUGUGGUGACGGCGCUUGCUGCUUCACGGGCUACAAGACGAAGUGCUGCAAGUAAACGGCUUACCUGCGCAAAGGGGGGGGGGGUUCUAAGAGCGGUAAUAGGGCUGGGUAUCGCUCAUCAAAACAACCAUGGAAAGGGGGAAUGUCCCCUGCACGGCAAAACUGGCGUUCAACACGCAAAACGGCAUAGCGUUCAACACGCAAACUGCUGUUAUCCAAGCUACACUACUAGGCAGCCGCUCGUUUGAUUCAGCCGCUUAUUAAUAUUCUCUCAUCCCCAGUUGAUUUCAUU